AUGGACUCUACAUUCUUCAACAGCAGCAACAACAACAGCAACAGCAGAAGCAAACAGUUUAUGAGCGAUCAAGAAGAGAACGACAAUACUACCAGCUCCACACCAGAAAAUAGCUCAGGCUCUCCUCCUCCACACUCUACCAAUUUCAGUGACUUCUCCAAGAUCACUUCCACCUCCUCCCCCAAGAAAAGUGCUCGGCGAGCCAUACAGAAACGAGUGGUGUCGAUACCCAUCAAAGGAGACAACAGCAACACUCCGCCUCCGUCCGAUUCUUGGGCUUGGAGAAAGUACGGCCAAAAACCCAUCAAGGGGUCGCCUUACCCCAGAGGAUAUUACAGGUGCAGUAGCUCAAAGGGCUGCCCGGCAAGGAAGCAAGUAGAGAGAAGCCGCGUGGACCCCUCCAUGCUCGUCAUCACCUACUCCUCCGAACACAACCACCCCUGGCCCGCUUCUCGCAACCACCACAACCAUCACCAGAGCAACAGCUCGAGCUCCGCCGCAGCCGCCGCCACCACAACCAAACCCGGCUCCAACAAGACCGAAGCCCCGGAGGCCCAGCAACCCGAGCACCAAGACCACGACCCGACAUUCGCGGAUCUCAACAACGAGUCGCUCCUCACACACGACGAGUUCGGCUGGUUCGCCGACAUGGAAACGACGUCGUCGACGGUGCUCGAGAGCCCAAUUUUCGCCGAGAGCGGCUGCGCUGGUGGGGCCGACUCCGCUGACAUGGCAGCGAUGGUUUUCCCGAUGGGGGAAGAGGACGAGUUGCUCUUCGCUGAUCUGGGCGAGCUACCGGAGUGCUCUCUCGUUUUUCGGCACCGGGGGGUGGGACCACAAGUUCAGAUCUGUUGA